AUGGGUGACGGCUCCGAUUAUCCCAGCCCACGAAGUGAAGGUCCCGGUGGGCCUACAGCUGUCCUCGUCCCUGCUUCAGAGUCUUUGUCGCCAGCUUCCAAGAUGAACGAUCAGAUGCCAACUGCCUUCAUGGAUGGCGCCCGUCCGCGACUGUCAGUAAGAAGAGCGCGGGAUCCGCCUAAGAAUACCGCAGGGCAGAUCUAUUGUGAUCACCCUGAAUGUCAGCAGUCACCACCAACAUUCCGUCGCCCUUGUGAAUGGAACAAACACAUGGAUAAACAUGACCGCCCCUACAAGUGUCUAGAGCCUGGAUGUGAUAAGAUCCAAGGAUUUACUUACUCGGGCGGUCUUCUCAGACAUCAGCGCGAGGUUCAUAAGAAGAAUAUCAACGCGAAGAAACCUCUGAUGUGCCCUUACACCGACUGCAACCGCAGCACAGGGAAUGGGUUCACGCGCCAAGAGAACUUGAAGGAACAUCUCCGCCGUCGGCACAUGCACACCGAGACUGGCCCAUCUUCAGAUUUACCUCUGGUUGCAACGCCUGAGCUGGAUGGCAACCACGGCCUCUCGAUUCCUCUGCCCGCCAAGCGGAAGCGUGACUCGCUCGAGGACGAUGGAUCCAUUGCGCUCCCAGCAGACGAAGAGAACGAAGUUGACCUGCGCAAUGAACUUAAGAGACUACGACGUGAGGUGCAAGAGAAGGAUCGGCGACUAGAGGAGUUAGAAAGAAUCGUUGCUGGUUUGCAGCAGGCCAUCCCUCAGCCGACCCUCGCUCAGACAGCCGUGUCGCACGGCUAA